AUGAGUGAGUCCAAGCCCUCAAAUUUUCACAUCGUCAUGUUUCCAUGGUUUGCUUUUGGUCACUUCACUCCAUUUCUUCAUCUCUCCAACAAGCUCGCUGAAAAAGGCCAUACAAUCACUUUCUUGCUGCCCGCAAAAGCUCAAAAAGACCUUCAACAUCUUAAUCUCCACCCUAAUCUCAUCACCCUCCAUCCCCUUACUAUUCCUCACGUUGAUGGCCUGCCUUCCGGCGCCGCAACAGCUUCGGAUAUACCCCUCUCCUUAGGCCAUCUCCUCGUUAUUGCCAUGGACCGGACCCGUGACCAGGUCGAACUUGUGAUCAAACACACAAAACCGAAGCUGGUUUUUUAUGAUUUUUCUUAUUGGCUUCCCAAGAUAACUAAACCUCUUGGCAUUAAAACGAUUAACUACAGUAUCGUUUCUGCAGCAUCUAUCGCACUUGCUCUUGUCCCUGACCGUAAUGUGCAGAAGGACAAGCCUAUUACAGAAGCUGAAUUACAGGUGCCACCCAAAGGAUAUCCAUCAACGAGUGUAGUGAUGCGUCGCCAUGAAGCACGUGCGUUAUCCUUUAUUUCUUUCCCGUUUGGGGAAGGCGUAUCGUUCUACGAAAGAAUCACUACCUCCAUGAAAGAAUGCGACGUGAUUUCGAUAAGAACAUGCCAUGAAAUCGAGGGAAAGUUUUGUGAUUACUUGGGUAGUCAGUAUAACAAGCCCCUUUUUUUAACGGGUCCUGUCUUACCUGAACCCGCCAAGACUCCAUUGGAGGACAGAUGGGCUAAGUGGCUUGGCGGGUUUCAACCCGGUUCUGUGGUGUAUUGUGCAUUUGGGAGCCAAAACAUCCUGGAAAAGGAGCAGUUUCAAGAACUUUUGUUAGGGUUUGAGUUAACAGGUUUGCCAUUUCUCAUAGCUUUAAGACCACCAAUCGGUGCAUCGACAGUUGAAGAAGCGUUUCCAGAGGGAUUUGAAGAGAGAACCAAGGGGAGAGGAGUGGUUUCGCGCGGCUGGGUUCAACAGCAAUCGAUCCUGGCUCAUCCAUCAGUAGGAUGUUUUGUGAGUCACUGUGGAUUCGGAUCCAUGUGGGAGUCAUUGAUGAGCGAUUGCCAGAUUGUUUUGGUGCCACAGUUGGGUGACCAAAUCCUGAACACAAGGUUAAUGGCGGAAGAGCUGAAAGUCGGUGUGGAGGUUGAGAGAGAAGAGAAUGGCUGGUUUUCAAAAGAGAAUUUGUGUAAAGCCAUUAUGUCUGUGAUGGAAAAAGAUAGCGAGGUGGGUAAUCUAGUGAGAAAGAAUCAUGCGAAAUGGAAGAAUUCAUUGGUGAAUCCAGAGUUCAUGAAGGGUUACACUGAUAAGUUUGCCAAAGAUAUACAAGAGCUUGUCAAUAAGUGAAAAACAUUUCAUAUUCCAGUAACAAGGAGAAAACCUUACGUGAGAUCAUCUCACCACCCAAUAAAAACUUACAG